CGUCCGCUGAGGAGACGGACAGGCGCUUCUCAUGUCGCGCAAAUGUCAACUUUCCCAAGAGAAAAUGACGCUACCAAAUCUCUCUUCAAGAGGCUUGAGUCCGCAGUUACUCCCAUCGUGUCCGGGGACUACGGCCACCACCACCGGGACAGAGCGGCCAUGGCGACCCGGCUCUCCUUCACCCAGGUCCGGCUGGAAGCGGAGCUGGAGCGCUACAGGGCCGAGUGCCAGUGGGGCAAAAUCCUGGCGCUGGUGGAGCAGAUGCACGCUGCGCGGAUCCACGAGGACGAUGACUACGGCACGCUGCUGAUGGCCGAGGCGCUGCUGGAGGAGUGCCUGCUGGAAAACAUGGAUCUUUUACGCAGCUCCACACCUUUAACGGACAAGACUCAGGCCAGACUCUGCAAGGCCAAAGGUUACCUGAACACCAUCCUGAGCCGAGGCCGCCUCACACCCAGAUACUUGAAUGAGGCUCUGCUGCUGAUGGCCAAAGUGCACUACGUCCAGGGCCGGUUCCGGGACGCCCAGGGAAUGUGUGCCAGGGUGGGUCUGGAGGAGCUGACCCAGGACGACCAACCCGUCUACCACUUCCGCCUACUGGCUGAGGCCUUCGUCAUUAAAGGUCUUUCUCUGGACCACCAGACGCUGUCUGCCGUGUCUCGGAUCCGUCUUUCGGAGCGAGAGGAGGAGAGUCUGUCCUGCUUCCUCAAGGCGUGUGAUGCAGCUCUGUCCUACCUGCAGGAGCUCGAUAAGAUAGUAGCCACUCCACACGCCAAAAUGGGCAAAGGCAGCCUCUUUUCUGCAGCUGUUGACGUUGACCUGGGCUACUUCCUGCAGGCAGCCCUGCAGAGCGCCUACCUCUGUCUGCUGCACAGGGGUCAUCUUGCGCAGGGCGCCCACCAGCUGCGUCGGGUGCUCAGGGUGGUGGAGUCGCGAGGGUCUCAGAGCUUCAGGAAGUGUGCAGCCAUGAAGCUUGCGCAGGUGCUGCUGAGCUCUGUGAGCGAGGACAGCUACUGGCCCCCGCUGGGCCCCCCGCCUGCAGUCUGGCUCCAGAGAGAAGGAGCCGCCGCCUCCAAAGACGCCAUGUACCCCACCUUCAAACCGCCUCAACGCUACGCCACAGACUGCUGCUUCUGUCCGCAGGACGUGGUGGAGGAGGCUGUGUUGCUGCUGCUCAUCACAGAAUCAAUGACGAGCGGGGAAGCAGUAAUCAGCCGACAGCCAGACCAGGCCGAGGCUCGCCAGGCCAGCCUGCAGGAUGCCACCUCCGUCUAUGACCUGCUAUCCAUCGGCAUGGCCAGGAGGGGGCAGUACGCCAUGCUCUCUGAGUGUCUGGAGCGAGCCAUGAAGUUUUCAUAUGACGAGUUCCACCUUUGGCACCAGCUGGGCCUGUCGCUCAUGGCGGCCGGAAAGUGGGUCGGCGCUGUGUCUGUGUUGAAAGAAUGCACCAGGAUGAGACCAGACGACCCCUCGCUGCCCCUGCUGGCUGCUAAGAUCUGCAUCGGUCAACUGCACUGGUUCAAGGAGGCGGAGAAUCUGUCAAAGCGCGUGGCAUCGAUGGGAGAGGAGGCGAGGGAGUUCCUCCCCAGGGCGUACCUGGCUCUGGGACUCAGCUUCAGCCUUCAGGCCUCUGAGGCCACUCUGUCAGCUGACCGGAAUGAGUUCAACAAAAAAGCCUUGCAGGCGUUGAACAAAGCCAAUUCAUUAGACCCCCAGGACGCUCAGAUUUCCAUGUACCUGGCUCUCCAGCUGGCCCUCGUACGCCAGGUGUCUGCAGCCAUGGAGCCACUACAAACGGCUCUGUCUCUGCGCGCCGAUGACCUGCCGUCCCUCCACCUGCUGACCCUGCUGCUGAGUUCCCAGAAACAUCACCGCCACGCCCUGGACACCAUCAGCCUGGCCCUCAGCCAGCAUCCGGACAACUUGAAUUUGCUGCUGACGAAGGUGAAGCUUGAAGAGGCCGUGCUGGGACCCGCUGCAGCCCUGCAGACCUGCGAGGAGAUGCUGCAGCGCUGGCACAGCCAGUAUGACAUCAGUCGCUCCAGUGAGACGGAUGACAGCAGCAGCAUACCGAUGGGUGAGAGGUCAGAGGUCAGCCCGGUUGUCAGGAAGCCCUCCAUCCACCUCAACCUCCCGGACUUCCAGGACGCCUCCACAGGAUCGCUCAGCCCGCCAUCGGUGGCGGUGUCCCGUCUGGAGGCGGCGCUGUCGGAGGUGUCGGACCUGAGCUCCACCCGGCGCCAGGGUCCCACUUACAUCUGGGCCACUCUGGAGCGCAUCUGGCUGCAGGCUGGGGAGCUGUUCAUGGCGGACGGCCGGCUCAAGGAGGCCCAGUUCUGCAUCGCGGAGGCCAGCUCUCUGUCCCCAAACUCCCACUCGGUUCUCCUGCAGCGGGGCCGCCUGGCCGAGCUCAAGGGCCAACUGGACGAAGCCAAGGCGCUGUACGACGAGGCCCUGGCCAUCCAUCCCACAGGAGAGCGCAUACUGGUGCAACUGGGUCGCCUGCUGGUAAAAACGGGUCGUGUCCACCUGGGAGAGAAGGUCCUGCGUGACGCUGUUCAGGUCCACAGCACGUCCCAUGAGGCGUGGAGCGGCCUGGGUGAAGCGCUGCAGGCUCGGGACUCCAGCCAGGCUCCGGACUGCUUCCUGACGGCGCUGGAGCUGGAGGCGUCCAGUCCCAUCCGACCCUUCACCAUCAUUCCCAGAGAGCUCUGACGACCCGGGCGACAAGUCUGACCUUUUCAUAAAGGGACAGUACCAUGUAAAAUCAAUUGUUGGUCUCUGCAUCAUGUUAUCAUGUCAUUCCUAAUAUAUUUGGAAGAGAAAUAAAUUUAUUUAUGUCAGAAAAGUGUUUAUAACUUUGUCACUUUCCUAUAGAUUGAUUUGCUUUUUUUUCCAAAUCAAAAUCUGAGCAUUCUUUGCACUAUUAAUGAUAAAUUAUCUUUUUUUUAAUCACUGAUCAAGAACAUUGGACAUCAGUGUUUGUUAUUAGUAAAACGUGAAAUGGAGGAUUUAUGCAAAUAACCAACCUCAAGGAAAUGAAUGUUCUGAUGUUUUGCAUGCAUUUCUUAUGUAGUUAACUCAAAACAGAUCAUAUUUCUGGUCAGAAAUAAUGAGCAUUAAAUGUUCCUUAUCUGAACAUUUACUCAUUUUUUCUGAUCGGUUUAAUCAAGAAGACACUUUUUCAGCUGUUUUAUGUAAAUUUAUUGAAAAUGUAAAUAAAUGAAGAUGCUCCAAACUGACUCAUGUAAAUGGGUAAAAAGUUCAGUUUUAUUUAUCUAAAGUGAGGGAAAAAGUUUCUUCUUUAAGUAUUUAGAGCCUUGGUUUGAUAUUUCCAACAUGACUUGAGGUACAUAGCUCAAUCAAACACUUUGACAUUCUUUUGUUUUUUUUAAAUAAACGCUUCGUCUUCA